AUGGUUGCGGACAUCAAGAGUAGAAUGAGUUUGUUUGUUGCUGGAUUGGCUCGUCUGUCGAGUAAGGAAGUUAGGGCUGCAAUGCUGAUAAGUGACAUGGAUAUCUCAAGAUUAAUGGGUAACAUGGCGCAAUGGGGUAGUAAGCCUCUUGCCUGCGCUAAGUAUGGUAGGAACCACUCAGGUACAUGUCGUGCGGGCUCCACUGGUUAUUUCAAGUGUGGUCAGAAUGGUCAUUUCAUGCGAGUAUACCCAAAGAGCAAGCAGGGUAAUGGUAAUGGGGCCAAUAGAACUCAGUCUUCUUCAAUUGCUCCACCAGAAAGAGCUUCACCUAGAGGGGAUACUUCCGGUACUGGAAGAGGAACAAACCGCUUGAAUCGGAAAAAGGAUACUGGCAUGUACCAGUUGCCUCAUAACUUGAAUAUGAAGAGGAAAGGGACUCUGCAUUAG